CCUUUCAUUCACUUAUUUAAGUAAUUUUAACCAUAAGCAGCAAACAUACGAAAGGCGAAAGUGCGAGCGCCCAAGUAACAAUUGAUUGUGUUUGUGAAUUUUUAAAUAACAAUUGUAAAUUUAGCUUUAAGACGAUUAUUCAUCAUGAAAUGUUAGGUGACAUCAUGGAGAAGAUGAGCUAAUGUUAGCUAAGCAAGGAUGUAUGAAGGAAACACGAGCUUGUAAACACGAGCGAUGCAAAAUAACUGCUCAUUAACAUUAGGAAGUAUACUAAGGUGCUAAUUAAUGCGAUAAUCCACAUUUUAUUGUAGGUAUGUCUGUAAUGAUGUCUGCACUAUAUCGACGCGUUUUAUUAAACCGGGUUACUAAAUCUAAAACCCACACAGGUCUGGUACAGGCUAUGAAAUUUGGAUACAAUGCGCCUCCUCCACAGUUGAAAACAUCCGAGAGUUUCCUGCGAGCUGCAGUCAAAGCCAUGAUCCAGCCAUCAAAUAGCUUACGUAACACUACUAUGGCUCAUAAGGCAGGGAAGCAAAGUUUUUCCUGCCCAAGGUGUCUGUCAAGUACAGCUUCAUCUAAGGAUGGAAAAACUCGAGUGAAGAGAGUUUCUAUCGAGGGGAACAUUGCUGUUGGAAAGUCGACCUUUGCAAGACUCUUGAAAUCAGCUUGUCCAGACUGGGAGGUGGUGGCAGAACCUGUCAGCAAGUGGCAGAACAUUGAAAGUGGGACCUCGCAGGGGGCAGAUGCAUCCCCCCAGACGACAGUGAGCAACCUGCUAGAGAUGAUGUACCAGGACCCCCAGCGCUGGUCCUACACAUUCCAGACGUAUUCCUGCAUGAGCCGGCUGAGAACACAGCUGCAGCCUCCUCCAGCUCACCUGAUCAGCUCAGAGGGAACACCCGUCCAGGUGUAUGAGCGUUCGGUCUACAGCGACAGAUACAUCUUCGCCCUGAACAUGUUUGAGCUCGGUUGUAUCAACGCUACAGAGUGGGCCGUCUACCAGGACUGGCACUCUCUGCUCGUGGAACAGUUUGGACACCAGGUGGAGCUGGAGGGCAUCAUCUACCUCAGAGCCCAGCCAGAGAAAUGUAUGGAGCGCCUGGAGCACCGGGGAAGAGCAGAGGAGAAGGGGGUGAAACUUGACUAUCUGAAUAAGCUGCACAUUCAACAUGAGAGGUGGCUUGUUGAGAAGAGCACUGAAAUACAUUUUGAGAAGUUGAAACACAUACCUGUGUUACAACUCGAUGCCAGUGUGGAGUUUCAGAGUGACCCAGAGGCACGGGAGCAAUUUAUAACACAGGUGAAGAACUUCUUUAAUGCUUUAUGAGAAGACACUCAUCAGCUACCAUCAACAGUGGGAAACAGACCAGUUAGACCUCAGUCAUUCUCAAGUUUCUUAACUGACAUUAAUAAAUAUGAGCCUCAUCUAGCAUGGAGCAACUAUAGACUACUAAAAAUGUUAUCUCUUAUUGAUAAGCUGCUGUUUCUAUAGGACCAUGCUCAAUGAAACACACAGAUCAUUGUUGCUAGUUGAAUGUGGUACUGCUAAGGGGUUCAACUUUAAGAUUGUUACAUUUUUUUCCGUUUUUUUUGUUUGCUUGGUUGUUUGUUUGUUUUUAGAUAUACUGGGUAGUUAUAAAGUUUCUUCUUCUACUGUACUGUUUAUUCUACUUGGAAUUUUAGGAACAAAUGUUCACCCUCAUACAAUAACGCACAUUGCUGAGUGAUUGAAACACUGAACGAUUAAGUGAUUUUAAUAUAUAGCAUGUGUAACCUGUAAACAAAUACUGUACUUUUACGACUAUGGAGACAGUUUACUUGACAUUCCUCACUGACUGGAACAGGCAAAUACAGCAGAUAUUGUUGCUCUUGACAUAUGUUAAUAAAUAAAAAACUUUCUAAAAUUUGA